CUAUUAAGUGGGAUUUAACAUUGAUAAUCACGUUGAAAAUCUCAUUCCAUGUCAUAAGUCUACAUGGACACUGGUCAACAAAUAUAUCUUCAAUCAAGAUUUGUUCAUCAAAUAAGAAUAGCGAUUUACAAUACCAGGGUCUUCAUUAGUCAAUGACAAUACAUACCUGACUGUUCGGAAAUAGGUUUCUCAUAACUUCUGAUGAAUAUUCACUAGAUCUACAAUUUCCUGUAUUAGUUAAUACCGGUAGGUUAUUUCGACGAGAUCAAAUCGGACGUAGCGUUCAACAAGGGGUUCAUACAUUAUAUGACUUCAGUUCUAUGAGAAAUUAGAAAAAUGCUUGGUGGACGUGCAGCAUUUGGUACGACAUCCAGGAAAAGGAACCCUGGUCGAAGUCAGGUUCUUGAGCAGAGAUUUGAUGAUGCUUAUUCAGCUUUUCUAAGCGUAGGAGGUAAACAAAAACGUCAGGCAUUUCAACAAAAAUGUUGGAAGACACUUCCCGCACAAACUCGAGAAAGUGAUUUGAGGCCGAGCCAGAAAUAUUUCUCUACGGGGAGUGGGGAACAUUUUGCUAAACAUAUUGACCUAGAGUUGUCUGAAGUUGUCAGAACCACAGAUGUGGAACGUGAUAUACGUGCACCUUUGGAAGCUAAACUUUCAAGCGGAAGUGGAAAGCGUGUAUGCUUUGAAGAUGAUCAUUUGUUCCCUGAUUCGCCGGACGAUUUGAACAUUGAUGGUGAAGGAAGUCUAUCUGAACAGGCGCAUGGAUGUCAUCCGGAUGGACCAGCACCCAUCUCUACCCGAACUAUAUCUGCCUACUAUCCCUCUCCGUACAAACAACAUGAGAUCGGCGGCUAUCGCAGUCUUUAUCAAACAGAAAACGAUCAUCCUAGCAAAUCUAAGAUCGAUGAGUCAGGACAGCCAGGAAAAUCGUGUAUAACUGCAGUCGACUAUAUAUCAUAG